ACGACCGGUGGCGCUGUAACGGGAAGUGGGAGUGGCAGCGCGCCAGUUGUAAUCAGGGAAUAAGUGAGGGAUUAUCCGGGUGGGGUCGAAAAAAUACAGCAAUGGCGUCCGGUGUGUCCGUAUCGGACGCGUGCAAGACGGUGUUUGACGAGGUGAAGAAGGCCAAGAAGCACCGCUACGUGGUGUUCAUCAUCCAGGGCGACACGCUGAUCGACGUGGAGGCAAUCGGCGACCGCGACGCCACCUACGAGGACUUCGUCGCCGACAUCCAGAAGGCUGGCAAGGGUCACUGUCGGUACGGCCUGUUUGACUACGAGUACCUGCACUCGGUCCAGGGCGCCUCGGAGCCGACCAAGAAGCAGAAGUUGUUCUUGAUGCUAUGGUGCCCGGACGAUGCCAAGAUCAAGGCGAAGAUGCUGUACUCGUCCAGUUUUGACGCUCUGAAGAAGGCGUUAACAGGCGUGGCCAAAUACGUGGAGGCCACGGACUCGUCCGAGAUCUCCCGCGAGGAGGUGGAGAACAAGCUGAGGCAAAACGACCGCAUGUAGGCGGCGCGCGCCUCGCCGCCGACGCCGGGCCGGGCCGAGCCGGGCCGGGCUGGACCAGGUGGCGGGCGACGGCCGGCCCUCAUUCCCGCUCUUCCAGACCGGAGGACGACCACCGGGCCGCGCCGCGUCCGUCCGCCGCUGCAUAGCCGCGUGGCUCGCACGCAAAUUCCGCCGCGAGUGACCGGAGGUGGUCUCCGGCGUAUUUAGGCCGCUUGGCUUCGAGAUCAGUAGGGCGGGGUCGGGUGAGGCGGUACCACGCGGGCCUGCUUGAGUGUGGGAGGGAUGACAGAGCCACGUGCGCGCAUUUACUGUGACGAUUUUUCUAUUUUCAAUUGUAUUAAUCAACCAUGCGAGUCGAAUAAACACUUUUUGCGUC